CGUGCUGACAAGCGCUGCAAAGUCUCAGUAUCAGGCGUAACAUCACUAUAAAACCAGCAUCUCAUGGAGGAGCGCAAGAAGUUGCAGAAGGAAAUUGAGGAGCUACAGGAGAGGAAACGUGUCCUGGAGCAAGAAGCACCUCAACUAGAGAAAAUGCGUAACCGGAUACAGGACUCCCGGCAAUCCCUCAUGGAGCAGCAGAAGCAGAUUCAGAAGAAACGUGAGGAGCUAGAUGAGAAGAAACGUACCAUGGACCAAGAAGAAGCUCAACAACAGAAAGCACGUAACAGGAUAAAUGACGCCAGGCAAGCGCUCGUGGAGCAGCAAAAGCAGAUCUAUCAGGAAGAAGCUAAACUAAAGAAGGAACGUGAGGAGCUGGAGAAGAAGAAGAAAUGUGCCUACUGUGGUAAAUGAUCCUGAGUAAUCUCUCAGAUGAUGAGGCCUCAUCAUGACCCCUCACCUUUCUAAAACACUGUCUUUUAAUUGAUCGUUU